AUGCUUCUGCGCCUUCGCGGGCCCGAUGGCAUGGUCCGCUUGACCGUUGAGCCGACAUCGAGCUUUGGUGAGCUGGGUCAGCAACUGCUACCUCAGCUCCCGAGUACCGUUGAUCCGAGCACUGUCACCUUGUCGAAUGCUCCGACCGGGGGAGACGCAAAGAAGCUGACGGACAUCCCCAGCUUCAAGGUCGCUCAGAUCGGGCUCAAGCACGGCGAUAUCAUCUUCAUCAACUAUCAGCAUAUAUCUUCCGCUCAUGGAGCCGCCAACGGUGAUGCUUCCGCCGUCGCCACCUCGGCACGCCUUAAUGGCAAACCCGUCCUCCCCACCGAGGACGGCCCGAUCGAUCCUAAACCCGAAAGAAUAACAACGAUCUCAAAGCCAUGGGAAGUCGUCAGACAGUCUGCCCUCGACAACCGGCUAGAUAGACUUGAUGGAAAGAUCCCACGCCAGCGUGACAGGAUGUGCCGCCACGGCUCCAAAGGAAUGUGCGACAACUGUCAGCCCAUGGAUCCUUUCGACCCGGCAUACCUCGCCGACAAGGGCAUCAAAUAUCCCUCGUUUCACUCGUACCUUCGAAAGAUUAACGCUUCGACUAACAAACCUGAGCUGGGGGGCUCCUACAUCCCCCCGUUGGUUGAGCCGUACUAUCGAGUGAGACGGGACUGUCCGACGGGUCACCCGCCGUGGCCCGAAGGUGUCUGCUCCAAAUGCCAGCCAAGCGCCAUUACGCUGAAUCCGCAACCUUUUCGCAUGGUCGACCACGUCGAGUUUGCAUCGCCUGCCAUCAUAGACAACUUCAUAGACGCCUGGCGCAAGACUGGGUGCCAACGAAUAGGGUUUCUGUAUGGCAAGUACACCGAGUACCUGGAAGUCCCUCUCGGCGUAAAAACUGUCGUUGAAGCCAUCUACGAGCCACCACAGAACAACGAGCCUGACGGCCUUACCAUGAAUCCGUGGGAAAACCAGAGGGAGGUUGUCGAGGUGGCCCAGCUGUGCGACUUGGAGCCCGUUGGUGUCAUCUGGACAGAUCUGCUGGAUGCUGGUCAGAGCGAUGGCCGGGUCAUCUGCAAGCGUCACGCUGAUUCCUACUUUCUAUCCUCGCUUGAAAUAUGCUUCUCGUCGAGGCUUCAGGCUCAGCAUCCGAAAGCUUCAAAGUGGAGCGACACUGGUCGAUUCGGCUCCAACUUUGUCACUUGCGUCAUCUCGGGCAACGAGCAAGGCGAAAUCGCAAUAUCGUCGUACCAGAUGUCCAACGAUGCGGUCGAGAUGGUACGGGCAAACAUCGUCGAGCCCUCUGCGGACCCGACUGUCAUGCUCGUUCGAGACGAAGAGGAGGACGACGGCUCUAUCAGUCGGACAAGAUACAUUCCCGAAGUCUUCUACCGCAAGGUGAACGAGUAUGGCGCCAACGUCCAGGAGAAUGCCAAGCCCUCAUUUCCAGUCGAGUACCUCUUCGUCACCUUGACGCACGGCUUCCCAGCUUCACCUCGGCCGGCGUUCACCCAGACAGACUUCCCCAUCGAGAACCGCGAGUUCCUAGGCGAGGUUCAGGAGCACUCAUCGCUGGCCAAGACGCUCAAAGCCGGCUCCGCCAUGAAACCCAGCGACAACCUUCAGGAAGUCUCCAACUUUCAUCUGCUAUGCUACCUUGUCAAGCUUGGUAUUCUCUCCAAGGACGAGUUCGCGCUCCUAUGUCGCGUAGCGAGCCAGCAUGAUCUCGCCGACUCGUUCCAACUUCGUUCCACAGAGGGUUGGCAGACACUGCAGGCCAUUCUCCAAUCGACCGGUGAGCGCAUCCCCAAACGUUCUCGGGAACAUGUCGACGAUUUCGCGUCGUCGGAAAAACCCCCCACGUCAGAGACCGGCGAGCCUCUUGCUAAGCGAUUUGCCGCCUUCAGGCUGAACGACACUCACCAGCUGGACCGGAAGCUUCUUGAGUAA